AUGAAUAAUGAUAAUAAUAAUAAUCAAAACAACAACAAUAACAAUAACAAUAAUCAAAAUAACUUUCUAUCCCCAUUUCCUCAUCCACUUUUAGACAUAGAGUAAUUUUUAGAGAUUGGAUCCACAUUUUAAUUUAAUUAACUUCUUAAUAUCUACCCUAUUGGUGAACAAUAGAGAUAAUUUUUUAGAAUGAAUAGUUUUACUUCAAGGUCUUCAAAUUAAGAUGAAGAAUUUUUACUUUACAUUUAAAAUCAAAGUAGAAGAGAACCAUCAUCACCUAGGUUUAAAUUUCUAUUUAUUCAGAUAAAAGAAUUCUAACCUUGAUAAGUAUAUGUAAAAGCGAGCCAUUCCUAUUCAUAAUGAAGAAUUAAACAAAAAUGAACCUUAUAUUAAAGUUACUGUCUUGAGAAAUAUCAAUUAUCCAAACACUAAUCAUUCAAAUGAAUACUUCAUAAAUUAAUAAGGGUAAUUAUUACAAGGAAUUUUUAGUCUUAUUGGUUCUAAUAAAAAUGCAGAUUCUGAAGACAUUCUUAUUGGAAGAUCACAUAGAACAGAUAUUAUACCUAAUGAUAUUAGUAAUAAUCAUUAACAUAUUUUUAGUGCUUCCAGAAGAUAGAAUUAUAUCUAGAAUUCACUGUAAAUUAGUCUGCAAACAUUAUUUUAGAAAAGAAUAAAAAAUUAAAUACAUUUAUAAAUUAGCUAUCUAAAAUAUGAAAACUUCUUCCAAUACUCCUUUACCUAAAAGAGCUACUGUACUUAUUUCAUAAUUUUUAGAGUAUUAUACUUUUAUUUAUAUAAUUUUAGAUGUCCUAGAAAUGCUUAUGUUUAAGAUUUAGGUAGUUUAUGUGGAACACAUUUUAAAAUAUUAAAAAAUGAACCUAGUAUCAUGAAAUUUGAUUAAAAAUAUAGUAUUGGAAGUGAUACACAUUUUAAUGUUUUAUUUUGUGAAACAUUUAAAGAAAAUGGAAUUGAAAUUGAUGAUUUUUUUUUUAGACUUUUAAGAAAAAUCACUCGUUUAAAACAAUUCAAACAUGAAAUUCAUUUUAGUGAAUAAUCCAUUUACUAGAGAUUUUAGAAAAUGUUAACUUAAGUAGAAGACAAUGAAGAAAUUAAAAUUAAAACUGAAGAUUUUAAAGAAAUCUAUUAAAAAUUAAAAGACUAUAAAGCUUCUAUUAUUUCUAUUAAAUUUAAUGGAUCAGGUAUUGAUGCAGGAAAAAAUUUUAACAUUUUUAUUCAAACUGAAAAUUAAGAUUCCAUUGAAUUUUAAAUUGGAAGAGGAUAAGAAAAUCAUGUCAAAAUUAACUCAAAUACUAUAUCGAGAAAAUAGAGUAGAUUUAAAUACUCAAAAAGGUAUAGUUUGCUAUUAUUUUAGCCUAAAAUCAUGGAUAGUAUUUGAUGGAUCUAAAGAUAGAGAUUCUGCUAAUGGCACUUGGGUUUCAUUAUCAACAUUAGAAUAAGCAGAUAAAAAGGUAGAAUCAGAUCUAAUGGUCCUUAAAAAUAAUGCUGAAAUAAAAAUUAGUGAAUUUAUUCUGAAGAUUGAAUUGUUUUAAGGAAAGUAAAAAAUUAUCAUUUAUAAUCAUAUUUAGGAAAUAAAGCAAAAUUAAUUAGAAAUUACUAAACGAACUUAAAAGCGAAUGA